UGUAAAACUCACUUCUGUGUUUUGUAUUUCCUGUGUCCAGUUCUGACCCAGAAGCCCUCAGUGUUGACUCCUCCUCUGACAGAGGGAGAACCAGCCACUCUGACCUGCACCGCCCCGGGGAUCUGCUCUGGAACUCCUCCUAACAUCACAUGGACAUGGAGAGGGACAGGGGACAACAUCACUGAGCUCCGAGACAACAGCACCAUACAGGAGAAAGAGGACCUGACCAGCAUCACAAGAACCCACUUCUCAGAUUUGACCUUUACCCCCUCAACUAAGCAUCACAGCACCAAGAUCACAUGUCUGGUGACAUUCAAUGGCAGCGUCACCACUAAGAAGACACUGAAAUUGAAUGUGACAUGUAAGUACUGUUCGUUAUCUGACCUUCACGUUGUGCUUUAACAGUUCUAUUUUAUGAACGUAAUCUGUAUGCACUGUUCUUUGUUUUCUAGAUGUGAAGGAACCCAAGAUCUUUGGUAGUAACAAAGUGAGAGAGGGUGAUACCCUGAAUCUGACCGGUAGUGUUGACAGCUAACCACCAUCAUCAUCUAACAUCACCUGGAGUAAGAAUGGGACAACCGCUUUGGAACAGAAUAGCUCUGGACUGGCCACUCUCACCAUCUCUAACAUGACAAGAGAGCAUGCUGGGGAGUAUGUGUGUACAGCUCAACACCACAACAGGACUCUGACAGCUUCCACUGUUGUCACUGUGAUGUGUGAGUACAAACAGCACUGUACAGACUUGAUUGAAAAUGGCUUGCGACAUGUUGUUACCUUUAAAUUGCCUAUGAUUUAUCUUCCCUCUCUGUCUUUCACCAGACCGUCCCGUGAUUCUUGCUGGCUCUGGGUGUGUGGUCCAGGCAGAGGUCAUGACCUGUGUGUGUGUCACUCAGGGAGUUCCCUUACCCCUCAUAAGAUGGCUUGACAUCGAUGAGUACAGUUUUACUACAUCAGUGUUGAUGUUCUUAGUGAACAGCACCAUCAGCAUGCCUGUCAGAAACCACACCAACACCACUGUGGAGUGUGUCAGCAGAAAUGAAGUGGGCAGAGUGAGAGAGAAGCUGCAAGUCACCCAAAAAGAAAAGCAAGGAGGUAAAGAUAUAAGUUAAGAUACUUUGUUAGAGAGCCACAGCUUCCCAGUCCCACCCAAUAUGAAUGCAACAUAGAGGAUUUACAUGCUUUGAUUGAGAAAAUAUGUUUGUUUUCUUCAGAGGAUACAAAGUACUGUGAGCCACUUCUAAAAGCAUACAUGUAUUGUUCUCUUUAUAGAGAAAGUUUCUAAAGACAUCCUGGCUAUGCUGUCGGACCCACCACUGAUUACUGCAUUUGUGAUUGGUGCAGCCCUCUCAGCCACCAUCUGUUGUAUCUUCCUGUGUUUGACAGGGAGAUGUAAAAAGUACAUGCAUUCUAUUACUGAAGUACAGUUAGUGUUAACUGAAUAUGUUGUAAAAAUCAAUUGUAGAUUGUCUUACUGAUGUAUUUCUAUUUAUUAUCAAUAACUUCAGAUUUAUUGUCAAAAUGUACCAAUGCCUUACACCAUAUUGUAAUGGAAGUGCUUGCUAACCCCUCCAAAAUACAGUUAUUGAGACAUUUCAUUUGUAAUAUUUUCCGUAGACGCAAAGAGAGGAUCCCAAAGGACUCCGAUUCCAAAAGCCCUUUCAUGAACCUGAAGAUGGUGGCAUGUGAAGACCAACAGGUGCAGUACCAGUUUCUUUCUUUAUUCAGCUUUACCAACAUUCAGUUAGCAUUGACAUGCCAAUAGGAGUUGAUAAGACAGUAUAAACAGAUCUGGGACCACCAAGCUAACAAAAGACUCCAUAGACGGAUGCAGGACAAGCUGUGUGGGGCGAACAGACCUCUCUGCAGGUGGAGCUGAGGGAGGGAGCUGAAAAUGGAUGGCCCCACACCAGUGGAGCCGUGGGAAAAUCUGCCACAAGGGAAGAACCAAAUGAAGUGGACUACGCCAGUAUCAACUACUCCCUACUGAAGAAAAAUUCUCCUGAGGAGGCAGAGAAGAAGACCACCACAACAGAGUCAGAGUACGCCGAAAUCAAACGAGAGAAGAACAAUGAGGGGCAAGAAGAUGGUGGAGAGGGGAGUGGAGUGAUGGAGAAGGAGGAGGAGGAGGAGAUAGAAGGGGAGGAGAUGAUGGGGAAGGAUGAGUAG